GGUGAGGAUAGUAAAACGAUGCUUUAAUACAGGUGAAUGAAUAAGAACUAAUUAGUUAUGUCCUUUCUUCAAUUUUCUAUCAGAACAAAACACAUACAGCAGAGCAUUUCUUAAAAAUGGGGUGAAAGACUAACGACAUGUGUAUAAGAAAGGAAUAUGUUCGUGAACAUAUUUCUCAGUUUCUUAAUUUCAGUCUAUUUUGAACUAAAGAGAAAGAACUUUAUUAUUGCACUGCAAUAUAUUAGCGCAUAUUAGGCGCCUCCUGAUUAAUGACUUAAAGGAUUUUUAUCUUAGUCAUCUAUAGAUAAACCUGACAUAUUUAUCUAUCCAUAAAUAUUUUCUUUGGACCCCCCCUUCUAUUCUCUACUUGUUUUAUAUAUGGACGAUCGUUUAACACAUAUACAAAACGGAAGAGCAAUGAAGCGUAUUCAUUUCACUACCGUUAGAACCAGUUACUUAUAAAAAGGAAUUGGUUAACAUGUUUAUUUAAACUUGAAAUUGGUUAGAUUCGCUACUGUUACCAUUAGUGCUAUUGCGCUGAAUUAAUCGCAUUUCCGGUGAAUACACGUUACACAACUUUUAUUUAGAUGACAGACGGUGAGCUUAAUCUUUGUCAUUCAGCACGUGUCUCAGUAGUUGAACGGACCGCUCAGCAUAUAAGAGAUAGUGACGUUAUUGAAGUAGGAUGUGUUGCUAACGACUACAUCGAUACAGCAGAAGUAUCUUAUGUAGAAGCAGAAGGUAUUGUAUCGAACGUGGACGAUCCUGAUAUGGUUAUCAUAACAUUUCGUAGUUGUUUUAUCGGUAUUUUAUUUACCGGAGUGAUAUCAUCCAUUAAUCAAUAUUUGGAUUACACUGCCACCCCAUAUCUAGUACCACCAUAUGUGCUUCUACUAUUAACAUACCCCAUUGGUAGACUGUUGGCCUGGUGUUUACCGAAAAAACCUUUUAACAUCUGGAGAUGGAACGUUUCGUUUAAUCCAUGUCCCUUUACGAUCAAGGAACAUGCGAUUAUUUACAUAAUGAUUUUUAUUGCCAACGAAUAUUCAUUUAUUAGGUUCGCUCAUCGUUUUAAUCAAUAG